AUGGACGUGGACGUGAACAUGGACGUGGACAUGGACGUGGACGUGGACAUGGACGUGGACAUGGACGUGGACAUGGACGUGGACGUGGACAUGGACGUGGACAUGGACGUGGACAUGGACGUGGACAUGGACAUGGACGUGGACAUGGACGUGGACAUGGACGUGGACAUGGACGUGGACGUGGACGUGGGCGUGGACGUGGACGUGGACGUGGACAUGGACGUGGACGUGGACGUGGAGGACUUGGACGUGGAGAUGGACGUUGACGUGGACGUGGACGUGGACGUGGACAUGGACGUGGACGUGGACAUGGACGUGGACAUGGACGUGGACAUGGACGUGGACAUCUACGUGGACGUCGACGUGGAAGUGGACGUGGACGUGGAGAACUUGGACGUGGACAUGGACGUGGACAUGGACGUGGACGUGGAUGUGGACGAAGACAUGGUCGUGGAUGUGGACGUGGACGUGGACGUGGACGUGGACAUGGACUUAGACGUGGACGUGGACGUGGACGUGGACAUGGACGUGGUCGUGGACGUGGACGUGGUCGUGGACAUGGACGUGGACGUGGACAUGGACGUGGACGUGGACGUGGACGUAGACAUGGACGUGGACCUGGACGUGGACGAGGACGUGGACGUGGACAUGGACGUGGACGUGGACGUAGACAGGGACAUGGACUUGGACAUGGACGUGGACGUGGACAUGGACGUGGACGUGGACAUGGACAUGGACAUGGACGUGGACGUGAACGUGGACGUGGACAUAGACGUGGACGUGGACGUGGACAUGGACAUGGACACAUGA